AUGGCGAGCUCGGCAGAUAGAUCCCGCUCGCGUCGGGAGAGGACGUUUGUGGGAAGCGAGUGUGCUGUUUGCGAGGAGCCGUUAGAGCACACCCUGCGAGGUGAACGCAUUUUGCAAUUUUCUUGUUCUCAUGUUUCCCAUGAGGCUUGUUUUUAUGAAUUCAUUCGCGAAUUUGAGUCACAGUACUGCCCAACAUGCGAGGCACCACUGCACUUGGACACGAGCAGAGGAGGCAAUGUUAUCGAUAUUGAGAAAAUUAGCAACAUGGUCCGAUCAGCGGGCGACUCGCGCUCUCUUCACAGUCCUACUCCUACCUGGGAUGCUCAGACUCUCAGACCGCCUAGCUUAGAGAGCGGCCCAAAGAAACAACACCACUUAUCGCAGUCUGGCAGCGGAAGAGAGAGUGGUCGGGGCGGCAGCCUGCGUGACAGUCGAGACAGCCGAGACGCCUCAUCCACAUCUGAUCGGUACAACCCACGACAUGCCCGGACUGACAGCGAGGCUACAGGUCAAACUGGUAUGACCUAUCCAGAGACACCACAGAGUGGUCCAGCUCGACGGCAUGAUUAUGAUGUUCAGGCAAUGGAGACGACUCCCGGUAGCCCACGGUCCAUCACCCGCAACCCUAUUCCUGCGCCUACCGUGACAGUUCGCUCCGAGUUCCCGACUCUCAACCGUUCCCGACAGCAGCAGACCCUCACAUGCCUUGUCACCAUUGAGGUUCCGGACAACAAAUGGCGACCCGACCCAGAGGAUCUUGGCGUCGCUGUCGCACAGUCAAUGCCUCAUCCUAAUCCACGUAUCGACGAUGUUGCGGCCCGCCCCCCCUCGCCUGCCAGAAGCGCACCCAAGUUCUUCCCAUACGAAUCGGCUGAGGUGCUCGAAGAGAUGACAGAGAGCCUACGCAAUCGGGUAGAUAACUGGCACGGCUUGGAUUUCAGCAGGUUUGGCAAAUUAAGACUCUAUGGAACACUUCGGGUGGGCAAGGAUAGGGUAAACUGGCAGGAGCUCGAAUGCUUCCUCUUUGCUGAGAUGCUUAUUUGCGUCAAGGAAAAGAAGUCACAACAACAGUGGGAAGAGGAUGGAACCCCCCGCAAGCCCCGCUGCACACUCAAGGGUUCUAUCUUGAUCAAGAAGCACCUCAACGAUGUUUCUGAAACAGGAUCUAUCGACGAAAACGUCUUGACUUUGAGCCUGUCCGUUACUGAGUUGCCGCAGUUCCAUCUGCGCUUUGAUAACCGAAAUCAACUCAAGCUCUGGCAGCAGGCUCUGUUAGAUCUCAAUGCAAUCGAGGCCCCGCCCAUGCGCAGCCCAGAUUAUGAGCGCGAGAUGUCUGAGGAGGAGGAGGCCGACUGGCAACGAUCAUCUCGCCCUCAAAGGGUCUCGUCCGUUGCAUCAUCUUGGGGUGCUGGCAAAUCAGUCACGACCGCCGCAACAGAGUACACGAGCAACUUCCCUCGCAACGCCACCCUUGCUAGUACCAUCCACGUGCCUAUUGAUGUUGUGGUUGUUGUUCCAAUCUCAUCAUCUAUGCAAGGCGUCAAGAUCAACCUUGUCCGAGACGCACUAAAGUUCAUGGUCAACACCCUAGGGGAGAGAGAUCGCAUGGGUCUGGUUACCUUUGGAUCUGGAGGUGGAGGUGUGCCCGUAGUUGGUAUGACGACGAAAGCAUGGCCUGGAUGGGGCAACAUCCUAACUUCCAUCAAGCCUGUUGGCCAGAAGAGCCAUCGGGCAGAUGUUGUUGAGGGCGCCAACGUUGCUAUGGAUCUGUUGAUGCAACGCAAGCACAACAACCCGAUUGCUUCUAUUCUGCUUAUCAGCGAUGCAUCAACAUCUGAUGCCGACAGUGUCGACUUUGUCGUUUCUCGAGCAGAAGCAGCCAAGAUCACCAUUCACUCCUUUGGUUUAGGAACCGCUCAUAAGCCAGAUACAAUGAUUGAGCUCUCCACUAGGACCAAGGCCUCGUAUACCUAUGUCAAGGACUGGAUGAUGCUUCGCGAGUGCUUGGCAGGCUGUCUUGGCUCAAUGCAGACCCUCUCUCACCAGAAUGUGAAGCUCAAGCUGAAGUUGCCAGAAGGCUCACCAGCUAAGUUUCACAAGAUUAGUGGCGCUCUGCAGAUUACCAAGCGCGCCACCGGUCGUGAUGCCGAAGCUGCACUAGGAGAUCUUCGUUUUGGUGAUAAGCGUGAUAUUCUUGUUCAGCUCGUCGUGUUACCUGAUAAUAUUAACCAGGACCAGCUCCCCCAGGAUUCCUGGGACAGUAUUGUAUCUGGCCUGGAGGCUCUGGGUGGUUCAAUGGACAAUGAUGCUGAGCGAGCAGUCUCAGUUGAAGAGGUUCCUCUUAUCCAGGCCGACGUUUCAUGGGGCGACAUUCUUAGAGAUGGCACAACUAUGCAAAUGCCUAGACCGUCGCUAUUGGCAAUCACAAUGUUGCCAGCCGGGAGUGGCCAGAAGAAGUCAUGGCAGGGAAGCCCCCCUAUUCCGCCUCACCCACACAUUGUGCAGAGGCGCAUGGAAUUGCUUACCUCUGAUAUGUUGACGAGAGCCUUGACUUUGGUCAGUCGAGGUCAGCAUGAGAGAGCGCAUACUCUCCUCAACGAGACACGCUCAAUUCUUAAAGGCCUUGGCAAGGGUGGCCUUCCCCCCGUGCCACCGAUGGCAAGCAAGGCCGGGCCCCCAACACCACUUCCAGGCAAUGAUUCAUCAUCUAAUCCGUCCAACACGCCGGAUCGUAAACGAAGCCCCUCGCCGCCUACCUCAGCAACCUCAUCCGGGAAUAACAAUGGGUACUCGAAUACACCAUUCCCUGCAACACGGUCUCAGGAAGGUCUGAGCCUUGGCACCGGAAUUGACGCUACCACUGUAGCAGCCCUGGAUCACGAACUCGAGAGCAGCCUUGAAUGGAUCAACCACCCAGCGGUCUUUGGCCGCGACAGCCGAAAGGCAGUUCUCCAAGCUAUUGGUGUCAUUAGCUCACAACGUGGAUUCACCUUUAGAACACCUAUUGAGAGCUUAUGGGCCGGCCGCGUCGGUGGAGUGAAGAAGCUUACCGAGAAGAGCCGCGAAUGGCGUGACGAGGGUGGUGGAGAAGGUGGCAUUGUGGAAGAAGCAUGA